AGCAUAUUGAUCUUGAUGAGGCUGUCCUGUAGUGUUUCAGCAGACUCUGUCGUCUUCUGUGCCACAGAUGACAGCUCAGAUUCAGAGGGCAGCGUGGAGAGUAACCAAUCCUGCCGCAAUGAGAAGACCCUCCCAGAGCGACUGGAGAUCCUGACCAAUCAGGGGCUGCUGCCGGCCGUCAAGGUCUUCCUGGAUUGGCUGAGGGCGAACACUGACAUCAUAGUCAUGUGCGCACAGAGUUCUCAGAGCCUGUGGAACAGAUUGUCGGUGCUUCUCAAUCUCCUGCCGGACAGCAGGAAGAUACUGGAAGCCGAGGUGCCCCUGUGUGAGGAGGUCUCUGAGCUCCUGAGUGCGUGCGAGCGGCCAGACCUGCACCAGACCCUGCCGCUGCCCGAGGACGUGGCACUGCGCCAUCUGCCUGCCCUCCGAGCUGCUCACAAGAGACUGGACAUGGACAGAGAGAGCCCCACUCUCAGCACCCUGCAGGAGUCGGUGGUGCGCCUGUCCUGCAUUCGCAGUUUCGGUCAUUUCCUGACCCGUCUCCAAGGCAACGUGCUGCACUUCAACCCCGAGGCGGGCAUCUUCACCAGCGUCAGCCAAUCUGAGCAGGAGAACCUGCUGCAGCAGGCCAGGGCGCAGUUCCGCAUGGCGGAGGAGGAGGCACGCAGAAACAGGCUGAUGAGAGACAUGGCACAGCUGAGGCUACAGUUGGAGGUGUCUCAGCUGGAGGGCAGUCUGCAGCAGCCCAAAGCCCAGUCCUCCAUGUCUCCCUACCUGGUCCCAGACACCACUGCUCUCUGCCAGCACCUGGGGCUGCUCAGGCAGCUGGCAGGCAGCGGCCGCUUCAUGAUCAUCAUCCCGCGCACAGUGAUCGACGGGCUGGAUUUCCUGAAGAAGGAGAAUGCUGGAGCCAGGGACGGGAUCCGCUUUCUGGAGUCGGAAUUCCGCAAGGGAAACCGGUAUAUCCGCUGUCAGAGGGAGUCUGGGAAGAGCUUUGAGAGACACAAGCUGAAGAGACAGGAUAGCGAUGCUUGGCACCUGUAUAAGAUGGUGGAUAGCUGCAGACAGCUGACUGUGUCCCAGGGGAGUGGCGAGGAGGACACUGCUGGCAUGGUGACCAUCCUCACGGGGUUUCACAUUGAAGACAUCACUGCGCUGUCGCCUCACAUGCAGGCUGCUAUACAAGCCGUGGCAGUGGCUGGAAUCGAACUCAAAAACAUCCUGGAGUUCUACAGGCAGUGGAAGGAAAUGGGCUGAAAGUCAAAGGUCACACUGCUGUGAUGUCUCGUACACACCCACCCCCCCAACACACACACACACACACACGCACUGUCCUGCGCUACCUCUGUCUCUGGGGGGGUGGGGGGGGCAGGGUACAAAACAAACGCACGGAUUAGUCCGAAGCAACUACACAAAACCAAGCGACAGCUCCCUGUUCAAAAUCCAGCAUCUAAAAAUCACAAAUGAAACCAGAGUCGCGAGGACUCGGAAGCAGCCCUACGCCCUGCUGUUUGAGAAUUCACUUGCUUAUUUCCUCGAAUGGUUUUUAAAUAGCAGCAGGGUUUAAAGCUUGGCUGCGGGAGUGGGGUGGCGCUUCAUGGUAUAGCCUCUCGCACGUGAAAAGUGCUGGCUUUAGCAAGGGCAGAAAAUGAACAAGAUGGGAUUCCUGUCCUUAUUUUUAAGUGGUUCCUCCCUUUGCUUUCUGUAUAUUAAGAUCAACUUUGUGGCAGGUGCUGUGUUUCAAAUGAAAUUAAAAUAAAUAACCAUG